AUGCUUCUUCAAAUUUUGUCUCUGCUUCUUCUGCUUAUUCUGUUACUGAGGCUCGUCCUACUAUUGCUGCUGCUUCUGCUUCUGUUUUUGUCACUUCUAUUUCUUUUGUUGCUGCUUUUACAUCAUUUUUCUGCUGGUUUUAUUAUUUCAGAUGAUGCUCUUUCUUUUUCUGUUGCUGCUGCUUUUACUACUACUACUGCUACUUCUACUUCAGUGGCUGCUGUUUCGUCUGCUUCAGUUGUUUUUACUGUCACUUCUAUUGCCGCUGCUUAUUCUGUUUCUGCUGCUGUUUCUAUUUCUGCUGCUCCUGCUUCUAAUACUGCUGCUUCUUAUUCUGUCGCUUAUUUGUCUAUUUUCUCUGUCGUUUCGUUAUUUUCUGUUACUGACGUUGAUGAAAAUACUCUAUCGCAUACAAGACAACAAAAUUAUCAACAUUUUUCUUCUUCGUUCGUUUCAUUUUCUUCUUUUUCAUUUCUUUCUUUUUAG